AUGGGCAACGAGAUUUCUAAUGGAAGUCCAGGAGAUCUGGAAUAAAUGAAAAGAUUUAUGAACAUGUCGCCAGGUUAGGUCAAAUUGAUAAAGUAAUCGUGUUAUACAAAUUGUGUUUUAGAGAGAAAUUCGAAUUGAUGGCGGAUGAGGAUCUCACGAUUGAUAGAAAUGGGUUUAUAUAGUUGAUGAAGUUGAAAGAGACUGAAGUAGAUAAAGUGUUUUAAUUUUUUGACAUCAGCAAUGAUGGUCGAAUUGACAGUCAUGAAUUUGUAUGUGCUUUGAGUCUUUUGAGUCAAGCCACUCUGAAGGUAUUUCUAGAAUUAUUAUAUCGAAGGAAAAAGCAAAUAUAAUAUUCUCCUUAUACGACUUCGAUCACAACAAAACAAUCACUCGAAAUGAAUUGGUCAUUUUGAUCAAGACUACUUUGACAGCCUUGGGAGCCAUGUCACAGAAGGGAGAAUGCACCAUCCAAGAGGCAGAGAGAAUCUCAGACGAAUUGCUAAGGAAAUAUGAUACAAACAAGGAUGCCUCAAUAUCUUUGUCUGAAUUUCAUAGGUAUGUUUAUAUUUUAAUAAUUAUUUCGCAGUCUUUUAUCCAAAGAUUAAGAUGUGCUCAAGAUGCUCCUAUCCUAUGGCUUAUGCUCAUUGGAAGAUUUGAGAUCUGACUUUGGAGGAGCCUAAUAGGGUGAUGUUCCAUAUCCAGACUCUGAUUUGGAGAGUGAAACUCAGAGAAAGAUUUUGGCUUAUGAUUAGAAGAGAGAAUUGAGGAAAAUUGGAAUAGAGGCCAAUCUGGAUGAUGGCAGUACUCAAUUGCAAUUAGAAAACAAUCAGAAAGCUCUCAAAUAGACCAACAAAGAGGUUUGGAAAAACUAAGUUAAGAAUGGUCAACCAUCUUCUUGGAAACCAGGCAAAGGGGAUAUCAAUCCACCAAGUACUUUUAUGGAACUGGAUUAUGUAUACGGAUUCAGAAGUUUUGAUACCAGAAACAAUAUUAAAUUUGUUGAUUAAGAAUUAGUCUAUUUUACUGCUGCAGUUGGAGUGGUCUAUAAUCCAUAGACAAAUUAGUAAAGGUUCUUCUUUGAACACACAGAUGAUAUAACAUGCAUUGAUGUUUAUGAUAAGUAUGUUGCAACUGGUUAGGCAGGGUAGGUUCCUCCAAUAUAUAUUUGGGAAGUUAAAAAUUAAAUGGAACCUUCUAGGGCUGCUUUUAAAGGAAUUUUACGUUAAGGAGUACAAUGCUUAGCAUUUUCAAAUGAUGGUAAGAAAUUGGCUGCUGUGAGCAUGGAUGAUGAUCACACUUUGGUUGUGUAUGAUGUGGAUAAGGGAAUAGAUGCAAGAUUAAAAGGUGAUGUAUAGUAGGCCUUAUUAGCCACAGGUAAAGGUCCUAGGUCAUUUGUAUUUGAUAUUAAAUUUGAUAAAGUUGACAAGUAUUUGAUUUUGGCAUGCAAGAAUGAAGUAUACUUUUGCAGUUACGAUUAAAAUCAAAUAAGAUUGAAUCUAGGAAUAUGGGAUACAAAAACAUCACCAUUCUCAUCAGUAUUAUGCAUCGCAUUAUGUGAUAACAAUGUGAUAACAGGUACUUACAGAGGAUAACUAUUAAUCUGGAAGAGCAAUAGAGCUACUACAGCAGUGGAUGCUCAUAAGAGUGCAGUUCUAGCUAUUCAUACAAAGAGAGGUUAGGAAGGUGGGGUUGUAUCAGGCAGUAAAGAUGGAACAAUCAUAGUUUGGGAUGUGAACAUGAAAGCUAAAGAGAAGAUAAAUGUUCUCAACUUGAAUUUAAAAAUAUUCAAUUUCAAAGUUUAAAGUGUUACCAUAGGACCAAAUGAUUAAGAGAAAUCUGUCCAUCUAGUUUUUGGAACUAGAGGUUCUGACAUGGUAGAAGUACAAGGACCGAAAAGUAAGAUCUUAAUGAGAGGACAUUCUAUAGGAGUCUUAAGAGGGUUGGCUAUGCAUCCAAAAUUCCCUACCUUUUACACUAUUGGAGAAGAUAAUAUAUUGGCCUGUUGGUUGAUCAAGGAUAAGAAGAUGUCUAGUUGCAUGAGAUUAGAAUAUCCUAGUAGUGCAAUUCAUAUUAGCAAAGAUUACAAAUAUCUGGCUGUCGGUAGUACAAAUGGAACUGUACUUAUUAUUGAUCCUAAAACUUUGAUGCCUACUUUUAAUUUUAAAGAUAGAGAUGCUGAAGUCUCAUGUCUCAAGUUCUCUCCUGAUACCGAAUAAUUAGCAGUUGGUCAUGAUGCACCAAGUUGUGAUGUCAUCAUAUAUUCAAUUAAGAAUCAUUUCAAGAAGACUAAUGUUUUAAGAGGAUCUCCUGCAAGAGUUAUUAGUAUUGAUUUCUCAUCGACAUGCAGAGUUUUAUAAAUUAAUGAUUGGAGUUAACAAGUACUCUAUUAUGAAUUGGGGGGAGAAAAUAACCAAAAAGUAUUGCCAGAUGGAGCUUAGAAAUAUAAAGAUGAAAAGUGGGCAACAUACACAGCUAUUUAUGGAUGGCAUGUUUUGGGAGUAUGGCCAUCUUUAUCAGGUGGAUGUGAUAUCAAUGCUGUCGACAGAUCUAACAAAGGAGACAUUAUAGUGUCAGCAGAUGACUAUUCUGGAAUCAAGAUAUUCAGAUAUCCUGCUGCAUAACCAGGUCAAGGAUUUUAGAGAUAUGUGGGACAUGCAGCUCAUGUGACCAAUAUUAGAUUCUCAGCUGAUGACGAAUACAUCAUUUCAUUGGGCGGGGCAGACAAGUCAAUUAUGCAAUGGAAAGUCUCACAUGAUAAGGAUGCUUAGAUUGAGUAAGAUCAGGCAUGUGAAUCCAUUCAAGACGUUUAGAUAUCCAAAGAUUACUACAGACUCAAUUUAAAUGAGGAGGAGAAUAAGUAAGAAGGGUAGAAAUAGUAUUAAGCCUUUGUUAAAGCCACUUAACCGACCAAUUUUAAAUUUGAUGAGAAGAAAUAUAAUGUAUUGCCUCAAGGUAAUAUAACACUUGAUUAUGUUUUGGGCAUGAAAACUGAUUAGUUGGGUUAGGAUUACUUUAAUGGAGUGAAAUUAUUGGAAAAUGGUAAGAUUGCAUUCUCUUGUGGAACUGUUGGUGUGGUAAUGGAUCCAAAUAUUCCUAUUGGAUAAUAAUAUUGCACUUAGACUUAUUUCAGAUAUCAUUAGGAUGAAAUAACUUGCAUUGCCAUUCAUCCAAGAGGAAAAAUAAUUGCAACAGGUACGAAAGCAUUUGCUUUGAAUGAAAAGCAAUUAACUGCGAUUUGUGUUUGGGAAGCUGAAUCAAAGAAGGUUUUGUCAAUGUUGAAUGAUUUUCAUACUAAAAUGAUUUAUUGCUUAGAGUUUUCAUAUGAUGGUGUCUUUUUAUUAUCAUUUUCUUCAGAAUAUUCAAUUGCAGUUCAUGAUUGGCAAAUUGGAUAGUUGAUCAUCACUGUAAAGACUAUGAGAUCUAACAUUUAUGGAAUUUGCAGUAAGUCACCCACUGAAUUCAUGUCUUGUGGACAGAGAAAUGUCACUUUCUAUUAAAUGAACGGCAGAAAUGUCAAAUGCUAUCCAGGUAUUCUUAAUAGCAAUCAAUUCGAACCAAUGUUGUGCUGUUGUGUUGCAUUUAAGGAUUCAUAUGAAGUCACAGGAUCUGAUAAUGGUAACAUCUUUCUUUGGAAAGAGAACAAAAACAGCAAGCAUUACUAAGCACAUAGAUCCAAGGUGAGUUCGUUAGUUGCAGUCGGAAAAACCUAAUUGUACAGCAGUGGUUUGGAUGGGUAAAUCAAGUUGUGGGAAAUGAAUGGAAAUAAUUUGAACAAUGUUGCAACAGUUAUUGAUAUUACUGAAGCACUUCAUUAACCCAAGCUGAUCGGAAUCCUAUCGAUAGAUAUCAAGAAUGACAAUAUCAUAAUAGCAACCAAAUAAGCCCAGCUGUAUCAUGCUCCACUUAAAAAUGUAUAGAAUUUGAAACUACUACUUGAUUGCCAUUAUGGGGGAGAAGUGUGGGGUAUUGCAGCUAGUCGCAACUCACAAACCAUUAUUACUUGUGGUGGAGAUAGUAUUCUCCGUUAAUGGGAUAUCAAUCAAUAUACUUUGGUUAAAAGUUCGUCUCCGUUUGAAAAUGACAUUAGGGCAGUGGAUUGGAGUUCAGAUGGCAAGUACAUCGCUGUAGGAGAUGUGCGUGGAUGCAUUUACUUAGUUGAACCAACAAAUAUGAAUAUUUUGGAUAAGAAGAAUUCUAAAGCAGGUUCCCUAAAAUAGAGUGCAUAAGGAAAAACAUUUUGGAUUGAAGAUAUUAAAUUUUCACCAGACAGCACUAAAAUUGCAUUUGGAGCUCAUGGCACACAGUCAUAGGUAGAAGUAUGGGAAAUUGAGGGAGGCAAAUUUAGUAAAUAAAGUUCAAUAAACAUCUCAUUGAAUAGCAGUCUCAUUAAAUUAGAUUGGGCUAUGGAUUCAAUUCACAUAGUAGUAAACUCAUCGACUUAUGAGUUGAAAUUCGCAAAUGUCCAAUCUUUGAAGGAUGUUCCAGGACCUUAAGUGAAAGAAUUGGAUUGGUAUUCUUGGACUUGUUUAUUUGGUUUCAAUGUGUAAGGAAUCUACAAAAAGGAUGAAUAUUCAGUCACUGCUGUUUGUGUUGAUAACCAAAGGUAGAUAUUGGCAACAGGAGAAUAUAAUGGUAUCAUAAAUCUGUAUCAGUAUCCUGCUGUUUGUUAGUUCAAUUAAAUUCAUAAAGAAUAUCCUGGACAUGCAAAUGCUAUAACAAGAAUGAGAUUCUCAUUUGAUGAUACUAAAUUGAUUUCAACAAGUGGUAUGGAUAGGGGAAUAUUCAUUUGGAAAACAGAUUGGUCUAAAUCAUAAUAGUAGUUAAUGUUGUAGGAUGAGAAUGCUUACGGAAAAUACGAUGAGGAUAUUGAUGAUUUGGCUGCUCUAGCAGUUCCACAGGAAAAGAUUAGGAGGUUUGGAUCUGAUAAGUAUGGCAAGGUGAGAAGAAGAGAUAAUCAAUUCGAAAAGAAUGAAGACCAAUAGAAUUACAAUGACUAGAAUGAGAAAGGAGAUGAAUUCACUAUUAUUCGACCCUGGAUGGGAGCUAUUAAAGAGCCUUCCAAUUAUUAUAAAGAUCCAUUGAACCAAAAUAAACAGCCUUUGGUGGAAUUGACCUUAGAAUACGUUCAUGGAUAUCGUAGCAAGGAUUGCAGAAACAAUGUGAAAUACUUAAAGAGAGGACAGAUUGUUUAUAAUGUUGCUGCAUUGGCUGUUGUCUUAGAUCCCAAUCCCAAUGCAAAUACUAAUUCAAAUGCACAACGAUUUUUCAAUCAUCAUACUGAAGAUGUGGUAUGUUUGGAUGUGUCUAAUGAUCAAUUUAAGGUAGCUACUGGAUAAUUAGGAGCUAAUCCAUGUAUUUACAUAUGGGAAAGCAACACUUAAGCCAUUAUCUGCUCACUUAAAGGUUAUUUUACAAAAGGAAUCUUGCAAUUGGCAUUUAAUGACUCAGGAGAUAAAUUGGCUGCUAUUGGAAUGGAUGAUUGUCAUCAAUUAUGCAUUUUUGACAUACAAUCUAAAUCUUUGACUGGAGGAACAUUACUGGUCAAGGAUCAAAUUGGUAAGUAUAUUGUCACAGACAUUAAAUGGAAAAAUGAUUCUGAAUUUGUUACAUGUGGCUUAAAUCAUCUUAAAUUCUGGAAAUUAGGACAUGGAGGUUUGACUUACUCUAAGGCUUAUCCUUAAAAACCUCUGUCUUAUAAAUACUUAUGUGCAGCUGUCAAUAAUGAAGAUUAUUUGUUGGGUGCUGUUGAUGGAUCCUUGCAAAUCUUCUCUGGUGGCAAAUUCACAGCAUUUUACCAAUAUUUAGAGGCUAAUCGAUCAUUAGAAGCUAUUAGUUUUUCCAAAGAUUUGUAUUUAUAAUUAUAUUCAUCUUUAGUAUUCUUAUUGGAGGAGCUGAUUCUAAGAUUGUCAUUAUAGAUUCCAAGACUUACAAAUCCAUUUUAUCUUUUAAAUUAUCAGAAUGCAUGAGAAAUUCUUUGGGAUUAGAGGUCAAGUCCAUUUAGUUAGGAUAUGAUCAAAAGACUUUACUUGUCUCAACUAAUUCUGGAGAUAUUGUUGAAUUAGUUACUAAAGAUGCCAAAAUCAAUAUUAAUUCCAAGUUUGCUGUUUCAAAAANGAUUUCAACAAGUGGUAUGGAUAGGGGAAUAUUCAUUUGGAAAACAGAUUGGUCUAAAUCAUAAUAGUAGUUAAUGUUGUAGGAUGAGAAUGCUUACGGAAAAUACGAUGAGGAUAUUGAUGAUUUGGCUGCUCUAGCAGUUCCACAGGAAAAGAUUAGGAGGUUUGGAUCUGAUAAGUAUGGCAAGGUGAGAAGAAGAGAUAAUCAAUUCGAAAAGAAUGAAGACCAAUAGAAUUACAAUGACUAGAAUGAGAAAGGAGAUGAAUUCACUAUUAUUCGACCCUGGAUGGGAGCUAUUAAAGAGCCUUCCAAUUAUUAUAAAGAUCCAUUGAACCAAAAUAAACAGCCUUUGGUGGAAUUGACCUUAGAAUACGUUCAUGGAUAUCGUAGCAAGGAUUGCAGAAACAAUGUGAAAUACUUAAAGAGAGGACAGAUUGUUUAUAAUGUUGCUGCAUUGGCUGUUGUCUUAGAUCCCAAUCCCAAUGCAAAUACUAAUUCAAAUGCACAACGAUUUUUCAAUCAUCAUACUGAAGAUGUGGUAUGUUUGGAUGUGUCUAAUGAUCAAUUUAAGGUAGCUACUGGAUAAUUAGGAGCUAAUCCAUGUAUUUACAUAUGGGAAAGCAACACUUAAGCCAUUAUCUGCUCACUUAAAGGUUAUUUUACAAAAGGAAUCUUGCAAUUGGCAUUUAAUGACUCAGGAGAUAAAUUGGCUGCUAUUGGAAUGGAUGAUUGUCAUCAAUUAUGCAUUUUUGACAUACAAUCUAAAUCUUUGACUGGAGGAACAUUACUGGUCAAGGAUCAAAUUGGUAAGUAUAUUGUCACAGACAUUAAAUGGAAAAAUGAUUCUGAAUUUGUUACAUGUGGCUUAAAUCAUCUUAAAUUCUGGAAAUUAGGACAUGGAGGUUUGACUUACUCUAAGGCUUAUCCUUAAAAACCUCUGUCUUAUAAAUACUUAUGUGCAGCUGUCAAUAAUGAAGAUUAUUUGUUGGGUGCUGUUGAUGGAUCCUUGCAAAUCUUCUCUGGUGGCAAAUUCACAGCAUUUUACCAAUAUUUAGAGGCUAAUCGAUCAUUAGAAGCUAUUAGUUUUUCCAAAGAUUUGUAUUUAUAAUUAUAUUCAUCUUUAGUAUUCUUAUUGGAGGAGCUGAUUCUAAGAUUGUCAUUAUAGAUUCCAAGACUUACAAAUCCAUUUUAUCUUUUAAAUUAUCAGAAUGCAUGAGAAAUUCUUUGGGAUUAGAGGUCAAGUCCAUUUAGUUAGGAUAUGAUCAAAAGACUUUACUUGUCUCAACUAAUUCUGGAGAUAUUGUUGAAUUAGUUACUAAAGAUGCCAAAAUCAAUAUUAAUUCCAAGUUUGCUGUUUCAAAAACCUUAAUGAAAUCUCAUUGUUCUCCAAAUAAGCGAUCUUUGAAUGAAAUUUGGGGUUUGGCUAUUAACCCAUAGGAUUCUGAUCAAUACUAUACUUGUGGAGAUGAUGGAACUCUAAGAUCUUGGUCUAUCAGUCAAAAGAAAAUGCUCAAUUGCAUCAAAACCAAUCUUGAUGUUAAUGGAGCAGAAAUCAAACAAGAUGAAGUUGGUGAAUUGCCUGAUAAUACAAAAGGUAGAUGUAUAGCUGUUUCUUUGGAUGGUAUUUCGAUAUGCGUAGGAUUUAAGGAUGGAACAUUUAGAGUAUUUUAUAAUUAAUUACGUUAAGAUUUAUGAUAAAGAAUUCAAAUAAAAAUAUGUGAAUAGAUUGGCCAAAGAGUGGAUUAGUGAUAUCAAAUUCAGUCAUGAUCAAUCUUGGAUUGCAAUUGGAUCUCAUGAUAAUUCCAUAUAUAUCUAUAGUUUCCCAGAUAUGAAACAACGCUACAAACCACUCAAGAAACAUUCAAGUUACAUUACUCAUAUUGAUUUCUCCAUAGAUGGAAAUCAUCUUCAUAGCAAUUGUGGAGGGUAUCUAAUUAACAUAUAUAUUAUUCAGAUAUGAAUUGUUGUUUUGGGAACUUCAAUCUGGUAAACAAUUGCCCAAUGGAGCAAAUUAAUUAAGAGAUGAAAAAUGGUUGACUUGGACUACUCCAUACGGAUGGCCAGUUUAAGGAAUAUGGCCGGAUAUGCAAGAUGGUAGUGAUAUCAAUGCUGCUGUAAGGUCAAAUAAGACUUAUAAUGAAAAGGAUAAACCACCUGAUAAUUAUCAUUUGAUUGCAACAGGCGAUGAUAACUCUUAAAUCAAAGUAUUCAGGUAUAUGCUACUUAUAAUACAAUAGAUAUCCUUGUGUAAAGAAAUAAUCAGCAUAUAUAUUAGGAAAAGGACAUUCAUCGCAUAUUACCAACAUUGCUUGGUCUAUGGAAGAUCAUUACUUGUUCAGUAUUGGUGGAGAAGACAAUUCUAUAUUUUAAUGGAAAAUAAGUAAAUUGAGAUGA